UAAAGGGUGUUUAUUUGCUGUAAAAGGAGCGAAUAAUACUUCCACUGAAAUCAAAUCCUUCAAUAGACAUAACUUAUAUCCAGGUCACAUGUGGAAUUAUUUGUUAUACAAGUAAACCAUGCGUUAAUAUCUAAAUUAAUAACUAACACAUCGUCAUGUCAACAAGAGGUUUUACUGGUAACUGAGGAGCGCUGAGAAGAGAACUGCAAAGUUCUGCUGUAGCUUUGUUUCUAUUUAUUUCAGAAAUGGAAUUUAGCUGCGGUGUAACUGUGUUGACAUAAGUUGCCGUGUUCGGACUGAACAAACGCUAUUGGUGAUUGGUAUCAGUCCAUUAAGUAAUAGACAAGUUCUUAAAUAUUCUCGUACACAUGCAGAAUAGACUAGAUCUCUUUGACUGCAAUGCUAUUACCCACAUUACCAAACUGAAUAUAAUAGAUGAUUAGCAGGUCAAAAGAGAAAUGUCCACUUUGUUAUCAAUUCAAACAUUUGAACGGUCCAAUGCUUCCUAGAUAUGACAAUAUCGGUUACCAUUCUGUUCAAUGCAUUUUAAAUCUGCAUGGAGGGGUUGAAAGUCAGGCUAUAAAAGGAGAACUACAGGUAUCAGUGUCAGAUUUAGAACAGCAGAUUUGAUUUGAAAUCUUUUGACGCUCUAUGUUGCGUCAUCAUUUUGCAGCAGAGACUCUGGUUCCACCAUGUUUUUGAAAAGAAACACCCAGCUGCUGGUUUUUCUACUGUGUUCUCUGACCUUGUGGUGCAAGUCGACCAGCGCAGGUUCCAGUUUCCUCAGCCCUUCACACAAACCUCCGAACAAGGGGAAACCUCCGAGAGCCGGCCGCCAAAUCACAGAGGAGCAGAGUCAACCCACCGAGGACCAGCACAUCACACAGGUGAGUGCCCCAUUUGAAAUUGGCAUCACCAUGACACCAGAGGACUUUGAGGAGUACGGCGUGUUGCUGCGGGAGAUCGUUCAGCGCCUGCUGGGAAACACGGAGGCAGCAGAGAGACCAUCUUAACUUUGAAGAUUAAGGACACGAUUUGCAGAUUUACCUUUUUAUUUCUUUAAAUUUCUACUUCAUUAGAAAGUGAUCAUUAAAAUAUGAGUAAAAAUGUCAGUUGCCUUAAAAACAUUGUUACUCACACUGUUGGUAGUUAAUCUGUACAAUUAACCGAUGUUCAUCAAGUGAAUCUAUGAGUAUGUCUAUAUUCAGAGCUUUCAACCACAUCUCAGUGCCACCAUUAGUGAGAGAUCGUUGUUAAAAAUAAUAGUUAAUAUCAAUUCAAUAUUGAUAUAUAUAUAAAACUAGAGUUUUAAUUUAUUUGUCAAACUAUGGUUCUCAUACACAAAUUUAGGUCACCGCUGUAUAUUUUAUUUUCAAAAUCACUUGCUGCAGUACAGAAUAUAACUUAGUAAAUAAAUUAGUCUUUAUUUGUCUUCAGAGACUUACAUGUGGUGGUAAAGAUAUCAUUUCGUCUCAGUCUCAUAUCUGAGAAGGUCAAGGUUAUGGGUGAAAUGAGGAAUUGGAAAGAGAUGGAAGAACAGAUUGGUUUGAUUUCUCCCUCUUAAUCAGUACACACAAUUGACAGAGGCUUCCAAGUCAUGGAUUUUGUGAUAAACCUUUGUAUUAUGCUGCAUUCAGAAAUAAAAACAAAGAACAUUCAUUCCUUUUCAAAUGGAACUGCAUCUUUGAAUGCAAACUCUCGUUGACUAAGUUUACCUGCAUUAUGAGGGUGGCUACCUUUUACCAAGCCCAGAGGGAAAAGCACUGAUAUAGAACUGAGAAUAGUGUGUGCCCUGUCCUACAAGCUGAAAAGAAGCUAAAACACCUGGAAAAAUAUGCGUUCAUUAGCAACCCGGUAGAAAUAGGAACAUGUGUAUUUUUAACACAUCCCUCUUGUUAGACCAGAAAUACACAAGAGCUCUAUUCACCUUCCAUUAAUCCGCAGAUGGCAGAGUGGAACUCCACGUCAGGAGCCUUCAUUGUCAAAAUAAAAAGCACUCAAACCAAAUGUGAGAGGCGAACACUGUGGAAUCGAAGCAGGCUAAUGCACCAGUCUCACCACCGAGUCUUCAGUAACAAAUCAGCU